AAGUAGUCAAAGCGGUCAUCGGAGAAAGAAACACUCAUUCAUCCAACGCGUUUUCCUCCUCGCCCUCUCGUCUCCACAAGUGGGCGGCCGCAGCAUCUUCCGUCGCAAUUACCGAUAUUUCCAUCGCCAAAUUUCGCUUCCAAUCGCGGCUAUUAACUUACACCCGGCCUUAGAUCUUCCUGAAUCGCUUCGGAUUCAGUUAUGCUCGGUGUUUCAGAGCACCGUUGACGUUGAGUGAAGAAAGAUAAUGGUCGGUUCACUUAUUAGGGUUUGCACUUCUUGUAUGGGUACAGAAUGCCUGAGCUUCGGAGUGGACCAGACCGAGGCCGCGGUGCUCCGGUAGACCAGCGACGGCGUCGGAAACCCGUGCCUUUGGUCGGGAAUUACGUCAAGACUAGGGCGGCGGUAGCGAAGGAAGCGGCCGAAGCUAAGGCUGCUGCGGCGGCGGCUGGCAGGAAGCGCGGAGGGGCAAGGGCGAGGGCGAAGAAGAAGAGCGAGGAGGAGGAGAAGGUGAUUGUGAUUUUGGAGGAUAAGGAGGAAAAAGGAAGGGAGGGUUUGAUUGAGGAGAGAGAGAACUUGGUUGAGGAGAGAGAGAGGAUGGCGGAUGAGAGUGGUGGUUCGAGUGCUAAUAAGGUUACUGGGAAGGAAGAAGAGGGUACCACUCCCCCUUUCCCUGACAAGGUUCAAGUAGGAGGAUCUCCAAUGUACAAAGUUGAUAGGAAGUUGGGUAAAGGUGGGUUUGGUCAGGUAUUUGUUGGUCGCCGUGUUUCCGGUGGAAAUGGGCGGAGCGGCGACCCUGGGGCUGCGGAGGUCGCUCUGAAAUUUGAGCAUAGAAAUAGCAAGGGGUGUAACUACGGUCCUCCAUAUGAGUGGCAAGUGUACAAUACUCUUGGUGGUAGUCAUGGAGUGCCUAGAGUACAUUAUAAAGGAAAGCAAGGAGACUAUUACGUAAUGGUUAUGGACAUGCUAGGGCCUAGCUUAUGGGAUGUAUGGAAUUCAUCAGGACAAUCGAUGUCGUCUGAUAUGGUGGCAUGCAUUGCAGUUGAGUCAUUAUCGAUCCUAGAGAAGAUGCACUCUCGGGGUUAUGUGCACGGAGAUGUAAAGCCAGAAAACUUUUUACUUGGUCAGCCAUCUACACUGCAAGCGAAGAAGUUGUUUCUCGUUGACCUCGGGUUAGCAACAAAGUGGAGAGAAAGCUCAAGCGGGCAGCAUAUUGAUUAUGACCAACGUCCUGAUAUGUUCAGAGGAACCGUCCGAUAUGCUAGUGCUCAUGCUCAUUUGGGUAGAACUGCCAGUAGAAGAGAUGAUCUAGAAUCUCUUGCAUAUACACUCAUAUUUCUUCACCGGGGCAGACUUCCAUGGCAAGGGUAUCAGGGGGAUAACAAAUCAUUCCUAGUUUGCAAGAAAAAGAUGUCAACGUCUCCUGAAGUGAUGUGCUCCCUCUGUCCUGCUCCACUAAAACAAUUUCUUGAGGUUGUGGUGAACAUGAAAUUUGACGAAGAGCCAAACUAUUCCAAGCUGAUCUCUCUGUUCGAGGGACUGAUUGGACCAAAUCCUGCUAUAAGGCCAAUAAACACUGAUGGUGCUCAAAAGAUUAUAUGUCAAGUUGGUCAAAAGCGAAGUAGAUUGAAUGUUGAGCAGGAAGAGGAUGGGGUGCCUACGAAGAAGGUUCGUUUAGGGGUUCCAGCAACGCAAUGGAUUUCAAUUUACAAUGCAAGACAACCUAUGAAACAGAGGUACCAUUACAAUGUGGCAGAUGCAAGACUGGCCCAACAUGUGGAGAGAGGAAAUGCAGAUGGUCUAUUCAUUACUUGUGUAGCAUCUUGUUCCAAUUUAUGGGCACUUAUUAUGGAUGCUCGAACUGGUUUUACAAACCAAGUGUAUGAGCUGUCGCCUUUCUUCUUACACAAGGAAUGGAUCAUGGAACAGUGGGAGAAGAACUUUUACAUAAGCUCUAUCGCUGGUGCUAACAAUGGAAGUUCCCUUGUGGUGAUGUCCAAAGGCAUGCAAUUCACGCAACAGUCUUAUAAAGUAAGUGACUCUUUUCCCUUCAAGUGGAUAAACAAGAAGUGGAAAGAAGGGUUUUAUGUGACAUCCAUGGCAACUUCUGGUAGCCGAUGGGCUGUCGUCAUGUCUCGCAAUGCUGGCUUCAGUAAUCAGGUGGUUGAGCUUGAUUUUCUCUAUCCAAGUGAGGGCAUCCACAAACGUUGGGAUAAUGGUUACCGGAUUACAUCAACAGCUGCUACUUGCGAUCAAACUGCUCUUAUCUUGAGUGUGCCCAGGCGUAAAUGCACUGAUGAAACGCAGGAGACUUUGCGUACAUCUCAGUUUCCAAGCACACAUGUUAAGGAAAAAUGGGCAAAGAAUCUCUACCUAGCUUGCGUGUGCUAUGGACGAACUGUAUCAUGAUUCCUGUUGUAUUUUCUUGUACUUUGCCCCCUUUGUUGUUGUUGCAAAAUAGAUGGUAGGAUUUAGCUCCAUAUUUAUUUUUGAGCUGUACUUUUGGCUUUUUGCUCACAGCUCACACUUUCCAGCAUUCAUUGAACUCUUACAUUCAGCCUCUCUAAAAUUAACUUAAAAGUGCAGACGAUGAACACCGUUUGUAGCCGGAGGACAUUGUGGUCGAGAUUGAAGGAUUACUGGACUUUGUUUUUAAGCUGAAUGGGGCAUGUAAAGUAUUAUUUUUAUACCAAAUUCCUUUGUUUUCACCGAAACAU